AUGCCCCGCAAAGUACAAAGAUCCCUCAUUCAAGUCAUAGCAUUCCUCACCAUUCUAUGCAUCAUCAUCUAUCUCAACCGGCCCCAGGAAACCACCAAAACUUUCUCCUGGGCCCGCAUCCGCUACAAGACAUCUUCAACCAUCAUCCCUGAAGCCCGCGGCGUUUGUCCAGGCCUAGCAGGAUCAACUAAGCCCGCGCUAAUCGUCUCCCGCGUCGCCGCGGAUGGCGAUGCAUCCUGGAUCGAGCCCCUAGCGGCUCACUACCAUCUCUGCGUCUAUAAUGUCGACGCCCCAGCAGACAAGUCCUCCAAGGUCCUCCAAGUCCCUGCAAACAGAGGCCACGAGGCAAUGGCAUAUCUAACCUUCAUCAUCGAUAACUAUGCCGAUAUCCCAGCGUCAGGUGCGGUCUUUGUCCACGGCACGCGUUUCGCCUGGCAUAACGAUAGCCCCGAUUAUGAUAAUGCCAGGCUAUUGCGCGCGCUCGAUGUCAAACGCGCCCUCCAGCCGAAGGGCUAUCAUAACCUGCGCUGUGACUGGAGUGCCGGUACGUGUCCUGCCUCUGUUCCUGCGCAGGGUAGUCUUGAAAUGAGACUAUCGUCGACGGUUUCGCCGUGGAGUGCGCGUGCAGCUUCUGAUUUGGCGCUUCCGGUUGCGCUGCGUCAUAUUUUCGGUGACGGGGUUGGUGACGAGGUCGUUCGGCUUGGUAGGAAUGAUGCCGUGCGCGCGCAGUGCUGUGCUCAGUUUGUUGUUGCGCAGGAUCGCGUUUGGCAGCAUUCGAGGGAGGAGUGGAUUGCACUGCGGCAGUGGUUGCUUGAUGGGAGUGAUGAUGGGGUUGCGAGGAAUCCGCAGAGUGGUUCGAAGGCUGCGCCUGGUGAUGAUUUGGUGGCUGGGCGGAUCUUGUCUUAUGUUUGGCAUAUUUUGUUUGCGCGGCGGGAAGGGGAUGGGAUUGAUCUUCAGGAGUUGAAUCGGGAAUCUUGUCCGAGUGCGGAGGAGUGCUACUGUCGGCUGUAUGGGAGGUGUACUUUGACUUGCAAGACACCGGGCAGUUGUAAAGGACAGUAUGCGAUUCCGAAGUAUUACAAGCUUCCUGCGGAUUGGGAGAAGACGCAUCCAUGA